AUGUUUUUUGUGACACUUUGUUUUAUUUUACGUCAAAUUAAAAUGGGUAAAAAAUUGAGUCGUCCACGAGGUAGCGAACAAAGCACUUAUUCCCAUAUUUUUUAUACCGGGAGUAUCGAAACUAUUCCACCAUCAAUCACCUAUCCUUCGAUAUGUACUUCCCCCUCGUUUCAUUUGUCUGAAAAGCCUUCGGUGUCGAAGUGUGACAGUGAAUUGAUUCAUUACGGCGAACUGCAGAGUAUGUACAUCAAGUCUCAGACUUUCACAGCUGAUCAUUUGGCCCCCUUGACCAUCAGAACCUCACAGUUAGUGCUGUCGCUUCUGAAGAGGCAUUUGGGGCAAAUUGUUAGCGACAUCCACGCAGGGACAUUGAAAAUGCCUGAUAAAGUGGUAGAAAAGUUUGGGGCUGCAAGUGCCCGGAACCCGAAUCAGCAAACAGACACAUAUACUAUCCAAAGACGAAUGAUCACUCAUUUCGUCUCGUUACUUCACGUUCAUGAAAUGGUUUUAACUUAUCUCAAACAGAGACGCAUCGAACAAGCGCUCGAUUUAAUCAAACAAAUUGCAGUUAGCCACGCACUUAAGGGAAUCACAGUGACUGAAUUUCGGUUAGUGGACUGGUUUAUUGUCAAUUAUUUGAUAAAAAAUAAAGUAAGCACUGACGAGAACAUAAACCACUUGAUGCUUUACUUAAGCACCCUUUCAAAUUACAUUGUGCGAUAUUUCGAAAGUCAAAGUGUUCGCCAUACGAUGCUCCGGGACAUGACUAGUGUGAAAGUAAACGAUCGGAGCAACAAAGCAAGGGAAAACUACCGUUUAAUGAAACAGUGGACCUCCAGAAUUGAACAUUCCAGAGGCCAAAUUAAGGAUCUAAUUGACAAGCUCCUCGCAGAUCAAGCCCGCAUGCAGGAAGCCAGAGAGGCAGAAAUUAGGAGCAUUGACACUCAAACGCUCAAAGAAAAAGACUUCAUUAUGCGAUUUUUCGUACGCAAGAAACCGACAGAAUCGCGCUCAACGUCACACUCGCACCAGGAGAAGGCCUCAACGAUUGACGGCGAAGUUAAAUCCCUACCGUUACCGUUCUCGCUACCAACCCAAAACGAAAGUAACCCUAGUAACCGAACAGAUUUCUAAAUUACCGACCCGGCUAACCGCUCUCCUCAAA